AUGGAGAUAGGAAAGUUUUUCUUGGUGGCUCUGUUACUGGCUCUGGCUUCGGGGCUGGUCCAGAGCUUAGAUUUCACUGAGAAGGACUUGGCUUCUGAGGAGAGGUUGUGGGACUUGUACGAGAGGUGGAGGAGCCACCACACAGUAUCACGAGACCUUGGCGAGAAACAGAAGCGUUUCAAUGUGUUCAAGGAGAAUGUGAAGCAUAUUCACAAGGUUAACAACAUAGACAAGCCUUACAAGUUGAAACUGAACAAGUUUGCAGAUAUGACCAGCCAUGAGUUCAGAAGCACUUAUGCUGGUUCCAAGGUUAAACACUACAGGAUGCUCCGCGGCAGCAAGGCCGGUACAGGUGGAUUCAUGCAUGAGAAGACUGACAAUCUGCCGCCAUCCGUUGACUGGAGGAAGAAAGGAGCAGUCACUGGUGUCAAGGACCAAGGCAAAUGUGGUAGCUGCUGGGCAUUUUCGACCAUAGUUGGAGUUGAGGGUAUCAACCAAAUUAAAACCAAAGAAUUAGUCUCUUUGUCUGAGCAAGAACUGGUGGACUGUGAAUCUGAUAACCAAGGUUGUAAUGGAGGACUAAUGGAAAACGCAUACGAGUUCAUUAAGCAAAAUGGUGGUAUAACAGCUGAGAAGAUAUACCCCUACAAGGCAAGAGAUGGGAAUUGUGAUGCAUCAAAGAUGAAUUCUCCUGUAGUGAUGAUCGAUGGCCAUGAAAAUGUACCUAUAAACGACGAAAAUGCCUUGAUGAAAGCUGUCGCUAACCAACCUGUAUCCGUCGCAAUUGAUGCAGGGGGCUCCAAUUUGCAAUUCUACUCAGAGGGAGUGUACACUGGGGACUGUGGCAAAGAGUUGGACCACGGGGUUGCGAUUGUAGGGUAUGGAACAACUGUUGAUGGGACGAAGUAUUGGAUAGUGAAGAACUCAUGGGGAACAGAAUGGGGAGAACAAGGUUACAUUAGAAUGCAGCGCGGGAUCGAUGCAGAAGAGGGGAUAUGUGGUAUAGCUAUGGAGGCCUCCUAUCCCAUCAAGUCGUCCUCAGACAACCCUAAAAGAGCCUAUUUGAAGGAUGAACUCUAAAAGUCCACAAAGUAGAGCAAUAAAAUCUCCUAAAUUAUGUGCUUCUGGGAGAACAAUUACAUAUAGUAAUGCGUAUU